UAAAUGGUCAAUUACAUGCGAGAAGUAUUUGUUAGUGUCUGAGGUACUUCUGCUUAUUUAUUAACCAGCAUCAGGGAUUUUUGUUCACCCAUCCCAUUCACUCUUACCCCGUACUAAUUCGUUCCUAAUAUUUAUACUCAACAGUAAUACUCAAUGACUACCAGAAGAUUCUACAAACCAUUGAAGGAGUUCAUUACGUCUCCCACCGACUUCAAGCUUGUCUACUCCACCGGUGGAGAAGACUUGCUAUCGUCUGGCGUUAAGCGAAUCUGUGUCCUUGACUCUUCUUUCAAUCCUCCGCAUUUGGGCCACUAUGCCUUGAUUAAAGAGUCCUUGGCUCAGAAGUCCCAAAUAGAAAAGGACGAAAACAGGUCGAUUUUACUUUUGCUUUCGGUGAAGAACGCAGAUAAAGUCAAUCCUCAGCCAGAGUCCUUCGAAAACAGAUUGGAAAUGAUGUACUUAAUGGCCAACGACCUUGCUAAAACUUUCCAUACCCACCAUAUCGGAAUUGGGUUGACCAACCACGCGAAAUUUGUUGACAAGUCUGUUUCCAUUUUAAACUACUUGCACAGCAAUGGUGUCGAUAAGAACAAGAUCAAAUUGACGUUCUUAGUUGGCUUUGAUACGUUGACAAGAAUCCUCAACCCUAAUUACUAUUUACCAGACAAAUUGUCUACUACUUUGGAAGAAUUCAUGAAACAAACCGACUUAUUUUGUUUAACAAGAAACGAUGAGCAUGUUUCACACAAGGAACAGAAUAACUACGUUCUGGACAUUAGAAAUGGUAAACAUGAACAUAUACCUACACACUGGUCGGAUAACAUCGUUCUUCUCGACAACGCAGGCGAUGAAAUAGGCUUAAUCAGCUCUUCUGCUAUCAGAGCAAGUAUCAGUGCAAACAGCGACUUGUGGCACGAUAAGGUGAUUCCAGAAGUAAGGGAUUUUAUUAUAAAAGAGAAGCUAUACUUACCCAAAGAGAAAAUCUAA